UUAAAUAACCCUCCAAAAAACACAGAAUUGUUGAUGCCCACUUUGCCCAAAACCUAAAUAUAAUGGGGAAUUGCCUCAUCGGAGGAAUGGGGGACGGCGGCGGCGCCGCCCGAUCCCUCAUCAGAGUCGCCACUUCCAACGGCGGCGUCAUGGAAUUCGCCGCCCCCAUCACCGUCGAGUCCAUCACCGACGAGUUCCCCGGCCACGGAAUAUUCCGGUCUCACGACCUCUUCUGGAAGCCUCUCCCCCACACCGACGUCCUCCUCGCCGGCGAAUCGUACCAUCUCCUCCCCCUGCUCGACGCCGCCGCCGACAGAGGGCCACGUGUCGGGCACGUGAGAUCCAGCAGCGCGCCGCCGCCGCAGCUCGGACCGGCGCCCUACCGGAUGUCCUUCGACGGCCGAGGCCUGACAAAGUGGCCCGCCGGCGACGAUGCCGUUCCAAAGAAGGCUCCGGCGUCGUCCGGCGGGUUCUGGAAGGUGAAGCUGGUGAUUUGCCCGGAGCAGCUGGUCAAGAUUCUGGCGGAGGAAGGGAAGACGGAGGAGCUGAUCGACAGCGUCCGGACGGUGGCGAAAUGCGGCAGUGGUCUAAGCUGCGGCGGCGCCGGCGGGUUUUCCGAUCAGUGGAGUCUGUCGAGCAGCCGGAACGCGGCGUCGGCGAACAAUAAAGCUGAUGGUUCAAUAUUGGAGUUUUGAUUUUUCAAUAAUUAGGGUUCAAUUUAGUUUAAUUUAAUCGAAUUUACUAUGAGUUUGUUAUGAGAGAGAAAGAGAGGACAUCAAAUUUAUUUAAUUUGUUGAAUAUAUAUAUAUAUUAGUAAA